AUGAGCGGUCUACGCACUAUCCUGAUCUCUACUGGGCUUGUCGGUGUGGUAGGUAUUGGAUAUGGAAUGUGGUCAGUGAUUCAACUAGGAGAAGAAAGGAAGAGGUAAAUGCUUAAGUUAAGCUGCGAUCAAAUACUUAACUUCCACACAAUACUGACUUUUUAAACCGAUCAAAGGACUACGUGUCCUUUUUAAUCAUAUGUUUAUGAUUUGGGCAUUAUAUUUGUUUGUGCAAAAACCUAUUAGACAUGGGUAUGGUUGUCUCUUUGCCUCUUUGUCCAGGAGUAGGUAGGGUAUCUUACUACUGUUGCUUAAUUCACAAGGCGGGCAUAGAAUGGUAUAGUAUGUCACUCACCAGAGACAUUAUAGAAAGUGCAGAUAGAAAUGUAUCAUGUGGAUUGGAACAUGGAAUCAUGUCCAGUCUAAAUUACAUUGCUAUCUGCAACAAUCUGAAUGUGCCUCCUGCUGAAAAGGCCUCCUUGGUCUGAUUUACACUAUGAGACUAGCCCAAUAAUGUACUGAAAGGAGCCUAACGUUACUCCUUAUAGUCCAAGGACCUUACAUGUUCUGUUUAGAGGCGAAUUUGCUCUCGCUGCCAAAACAGCCAUAUACUCCAUCUAAACGUCAAUCGAUUCUCAAUUGUGGUACGUUUCUAAAAACUUAAAGCCCUCUACUUAAAUAUCACACCAAAAUUAUUUCACAAAGGCAAAAUAUACACUUACUGUACACUGUUUUAACACAGUUGUAGCCGACAGUAUUUUUCAGUGACAACACAUCUGUCUUCUGUUUACACACAGGUAUUUAGAGAUGCAGAUAGCUAAUUAGCAUAGGUAGUCAACGGUCUUCCGUCUGUUCUCUGUAAACAAGCGCUGUAAAAUGCAAAUAUGGCCGUGUGGGAACCCUAACCCUAUAAAAGCUGUGCAGUAAUGUAAUCUUUUUUUAUUAAUUUUUUCACUGAUAUGAAAGAUGCCUUCCUUAUGUUUCCAAAACCACACCGCAAGCGCUGCGUGUUAACGUUUAGAGCAAGCGUCGGGGCUCUUAACAAAACUCCCUCCGGACAGAAGAUACUAUCGUCAAUAGGCGCUAAAGGUAGUUAGCGUCUAUGAUGGGGUAACUACGAGACAUGAUGUGAUGUGUAAAUCUGUCAGCCAACUGAUCAAAAAGGGAAAUAAUAAAAUCCAGCAGCAGCAUAGUUGACAGUCUUCAAGAACCUUAUACCCUGCUUUGUUUUGGUGUCCGCUUCCAUUAAAUAAUAUUUGUUGCAUUAUCUGUGACAACUAACCCAUGCAGCUUUACAUUCACCUGCAAUUUUUCAUUUAUUUUUUGACCAUCAGAAUUUACUCGAAGCUGAGAAUGGAAGAGUCAAGGAAGAGGAACGGCCUCAUGAUGCAGGUGCUGAAGGAAGCUGCAGAGACCAACGACAACAUUGCCAGAGGAUUGGGCCCUAGAUCCAAGAAA